AUGCACCCAAAAUACGCACCCACCUCCCUUCGCAAGCCCUCACUAGACUCAAGCACUCUGGUAGAGCAACUCAACACUCUCCUGACCUCUCUGAACGUGCCAAUCCCUCUGAUCUCUCCAACAGACCUGACGCCCAGCCUGCUCAUCGCUAUCCUGGAGUCGAUCCUCGGCAUGCGCAUACCGCUUAUCGAGCGCUCCGGCUCUCCCUCACCCGAGCUUAACCACGCCAGGACCCCUCAUGCAUCCACCUCCAACUCCAUCUCUGCCUCGACGUCGACGCCUGGUUCAACGUCGAGGACGGCAAAGGUGCAAAACAUGAAAGUCUUCCUCGGCGUUCUCGAGACAGACAUCAUCAAGCGCGACGUCGGCUUGUCCGAGCUUGACCCCCGCCGCCUCGCCGACGGGGAGUGGGACGAGGUGCUGUUCGUUGCGGAGCUCCUGUGUUGGAUCGGCCGGAGGAUGGGGUACAUCCCAAAGACCAGGGGCAGGAACGGGGAGCAUAGCAGGAUGGACGAGAGUGCGUACAUCCCGCGGAGGAGGCAGGCGGAUAGUGCUGCCACCCCAAGGGCAGAACCGAGGACACCUUCUCCAACGCACCGAAGAGCGCCACAGAGGCGCCCUCCAGUGCCUUUGUCACCCAAAUCCCAGCUCGACCUCGACGCCGAGUCUCUCUUCCAUCCAAGCUCCUCAGCCACCGGUACCAUACCCUACAGCACCACCACCACAACGACCACCACAACCACAAAUGGCAGACACUCCUGGUCCCAACCCACCCUCUCUCCUUUCUUGCGGCCCUCUUCCCGUGAAGAGUCCAUAACCAGCAUCCACGAUCCAAACGGGUCGCACCUCGACGACAAUCACAACCCCACUAACAACUACGACACCGAAGACGACGAGAUUCUUUCCUCCGUCUCAGACGUGCUCGGCAACCUCUCUCCAUUCAAGCAGCUCAACGACGAGCGGUGCACCCCCAGCCUCAAUCCCAACUGCAUCCUCAACCGCAAUCCCAGCCACACCCGGUAUCUGUCACGGAAAAACUCGGUACCCGAAUCGUUCGUGCCACUCGAAGAUUCCUUCCGCCUCUCUGCAAACCAGAGUCCGAACACCUCUGUGAGGUUUACGGGGUACAUCGAGCCCGUUGACGAGGACGAAGAAGUGGCGUCGUUCGAACUUAGUCGGUCGAUAUCUUCAACUGCCUCCGCCUUGGCUUCAUCUUCUGCCCAUACAAGCCGGGCGAGGUCGAGGGAUAAGAAAAGAUACUCGCAUGCCGAAGCUGUCCAGACCCAGUACUCGAGAACGUUGGAAUUGUUGAACGAACGAGCUCGGUUGUUGACGCAGUUGGCGGAGCUCAAGAACUCUCAUGGAUGA